GAGUGUGGUCGCUAAGCCCAGGGAGCCGAAUUCCCUGCUUCGCGGUCCGGCCGCCGCUGCGCCGCCUCCUCGCCCCCUCACGCGGUUCCCCAGCCCGGGAGCGGCGCGUCGGGGCCAGGGGGGCCUGGGGAGCCCCCAGACGGGCGCGCUGGAGGCCCCUAGCUCCGCUGCGGGGCUCCUCUACGUCCCGCCGGGCCGCGGGGCAGGGGCUCCCUCCUGGAGGCGCGGAGCCGGCGACUCCUGGAGCGGCUCCCCGCCCCCCGCCGCGCUUUCUCUCUCGGAGGCGAGGCCGGUCGCGCCCGCUGGUCCUCACCCGGCUUUUGUUUCCCUCCCGGGGUGACAGGUCACGGCUCCCAUCCGCGGCCCCCGACUCGCCCGAGGCCCGGCGCCCGUGACCGCGGCAGCCCGGAGCAGACGGCGGGACCGGCGGAGAGCCGGGAGGCGCGUGAACAGCAGCUGCCGCGGGCGGGAGAGAAACUUCGCUUUCCGGGGCCCGGGCGGCGGGAGAAGUGGAGCCGGGGUGAGCCGUGCACCGGGACGCCGCGGGCGCGAUGGAGCCGCGCUCACCAGGCGGGCCAGCCGAGAGUGAGGAUAACGGAGCGUCCCGUCGCCGCCGUCCUGGCUUUCGGUUUGCGCUCCCCGGGCGGUGGGUGUGGAUGCGCGUUCACCGUCUUCACCUGCCGCCCAGGGACCAGUGACUGGGAACAGCAUCCCCGCUCUCGGCCGCUCGUAGAGGGUGCGGGUGCGGCGGCGUUCUAACAGAACAGCUGCAAGACCAGUACGAGGAACUUCCAGAUUCACCAACUGUUGGUGUAUACAUUUGUUCACAUUUACCCAGCUGAAUACUUAAGAUCCGUGCAUUUUAUGUUUCACGUAAGAAGACAUUGCCUAAUCCAAGGUUUCUUUUUUAAAGGAGAAAACGUAAAUGUAUGAGCAUAUAUAAGAGCGUUGUUCAUCGUCUCCCCAUUCCGCACCCCGGUAUGGAGGAAGCAGAUUAACUGGGGGAAAGUAGCAGGUUGUCUACUUAUAAAAGACAAUGACUACUGAUGAAGCUGCCAAGAACAAUGGAGAAAGCCCCGCAGCAGCUGUUGCUGAACAGGGAGAGGAUAUUACCUCCAAAAAAGAUAGAGGAGUAUUAAAGAUUGUCAAAAGAGUGGGGAAUAGUGAGGAAACCCCGAUGAUUGGAGACAAAGUUUAUGUCCAUUACAAAGGAAAAUUGUCAAAUGGAAAGAAGUUUGAUUCCAGUCAUGAUCGAAACGAACCAUUUGUCUUUAGUCUUGGCAAAGGCCAAGUUAUCAAGGCAUGGGACAUUGGGGUGGCUACCAUGAAGAAAGGAGAGAUCUGUCAUUUACUGUGCAAACCAGAAUAUGCAUAUGGCUCGGCUGGCAGUCUCCCCAAAAUUCCCUCGAAUGCAACUCUCUUUUUUGAGAUUGAGCUUCUUGAUUUCAAAGGAGAGGAUUUAUUUGAAGAUGGAGGUAUUAUCCGAAGAAUCAAACGGAAAGGAGAAGGGUAUUCAAACCCAAAUGAAGGAGCGACAGUAGAAAUCCACCUGGAAGGCCGCUGUGGUGGAAGGAUGUUUGAUUGCAGAGAUGUGGGGUUCAUAGUUGGCGAAGGAGAAGACCACGACAUUCCAAUCGGAAUUGACAAAGCCCUGGAGAAAAUGCAGCGUGAGGAACAAUGUAUUUUGUAUCUUGGACCACGAUAUGGUUUUGGAGAGGCAGGGAAGCCUGCAUUUGGCAUUGAACCUAAUGCUGAGCUUAUAUAUGAAGUUACACUUAAGAGCUUCGAAAAGGCCAAAGAAUCCUGGGAGAUGGAUACCAAAGAAAAAUUGGAGCAGGCUGCCAUUGUCAAAGAGAAGGGAACUGUGUACUUCAAGGGAGGCAAGUACAUGCAGGCGGUGAUUCAGUAUGGGAAGAUAGUGUCCUGGUUAGAGAUGGAAUAUGGCUUAUCAGAAAAGGAAUCGAAAGCUUCUGAAUCAUUUCUGCUCGCUGCCUUCCUGAACCUGGCCAUGUGCUACCUGAAGCUUAGAGAAUACACCAAAGCCGUGGAAUGCUGUGACAAGGCCCUUGGACUGGACAGUGCCAAUGAGAAGGGCUUGUACAGGAGGGGUGAAGCCCAGCUGCUCAUGAAUGAGUUUGAGUCAGCCAAGGGCGACUUUGAGAAAGUGCUGGAAGUAAACCCCCAGAAUAAGGCCGCAAGACUGCAGAUCUCCAUGUGCCAGAAAAAGGCUAAGGAGCACAAUGAGCGGGACCGCAGGAUAUACGCCAACAUGUUCAAGAAGUUUGCAGAGCAGGAUGCAAAGGAAGAGGCCAGUAAAGCAAUGGGCAAGAAGACUUUAGAAGGGGUCACCAAUGAAAAAGAAACGGCAAGUCAGUCGAUGGAAGAGGAGAAAGCCGAAGGCCAUGUAUGACACCACGCCAAGGAGGGAAGAGUCCUAAGGAACUCGGCCCCUCCUCCACGGGCUUUCACCCAACUCAGGACUAAACAGUGUUUAAUGUAAAGUUUGUUAUAGUCUAUGUGAUUCUGGAAGCAAAUGGCAAAACCAGUAGCUUCCCAAAAAACCACCACCCUGCUGCUGCCCGGAGCUCUCAUCGAGGGGGUGGCAUGGGACCACUCCAGGUGGAACAAAGCAGUGACUGUUGGUGUGGAGAGAUUGAGCCAACAGCUUAAGUCCAGCUCAUUUCAGUUUAUGUCAACUUGCAGUAUCCAGUUCAGGGUCUCUUGAGAUCAUCCUAACAAUUGGGGGCUGGCUGUUAGGUUUUCCAUUUGACUGAACUUUAAUAGCACUGCAGAAACCCAGAAAUAAAUGCUUAAUGAGUUUCUUCUUUCCUACAGUUGGGCAGGGGAGAGUUGGGGGAGGUUUUGUUUUUCAAAUGACUGAAGUGCUGUGAAUGCAUGCUGUUGCAUUUUUAACCAACAGAACCCAAAGGAGAGGGGCCGGGUCCCCCCUCAGAUUCCCCAGCAGCAUCACCGACCUGGAAGCCAGAAUCUCAGAGGCCUCUCGCUUGCUGACUUGGCUGCCUCCCAGACCCCCUCCUUAGUAAAGCAGCCUCCUUGUGAGAGCAGGCUUCUGCCCCGCCAGCCUGUCCCCCCAGAGGAGGAACCCUGUCAUUCCUGAAAUACUCAACGCUAAUGAGCAGAGGGAAUUUCUGGAUUAGCUUUCCCUGUUUUGGAUGAAGUUCUGAGAUGCUGAAAUGUGAAUAGAACUAUCAGAAUUGUGCUUUUUCUUCCCUCCUCUAUCCUUUUAGGAAAGAAUGUUGAAUCCAGUACUGCCUGCUCGCAUUGCUACCAUUCAGUUUCUUAUUUCCAUUCUAACCCUUGCUAGCAAGAAUUUCAGGCUUGUUCUUAUAAUAUCUGGAGUGAGUGAGUUUAUUUACAUAUCUGUCUAGGAUCCAUGCAGCCUUUUCGUUGUCUUUUUAAAAUUGCUGUCUCAUAAACACAUGUAUACUGAUUUAUGGAAGUUUAUUUACUCUCCUCUAUCAUGUUAAAAAAAUUUUUUUGACUUUUUACUGCUAAGUAGCUUAAUUUUUAAAAACAAAAUCUGUGGGGUUGAAAAAAGUCAUCGCUCUUCUACGUUAAGCAUUUUCCUUUCAGGUUUGACAUACAGUAGCUUUCUUUUCCUGCACUGAUAGCUGCUUUGUUCUGGUGUGAGUUGUGAAAAAGAGUUGAAAACAAACAGCUUCCCAUGCAGGUACAUCUAGCCUAAAAUCUCCAGUACUUGGGCAUUGAAUUAGGGCAAGUCUUAAGGGGGAAUAUGUACAUGUAGUUGAAUUUUAGUCCUUACGGGUAAGCGAGAUUAAGCAUGGCUUUCUGGUCCCACAGCCUAAGAAAUAAGAAACACUCAUGGGAAUGCAUUUGGCAACCCAAGAAAACAUUCGCUUCAACCUGGAACAUCUCACUUUUUUAAAUCCUAAAGAACACUGGCAAUUGUAUUUUAGAUUAAUUUUUAUUUUUAUAGUGGUUUUAACAAAACACUUAUUGUUAGGUUAGGUCCCAUGUUAAAACCUAAAAAUAAAGUCAUUUCCUUUUAUAUCAGUUUUUGUCUCCAUGGAACAAAUGGAAUUGUUUCUCCCUUAACGAUAACUAAAAUCCUUUUAAUUUCUCAUUUACACAUUAGUCUUUUUUUCAUGAGUUAUUUCUUUUUUUAAAGAAAUCUCACCUAGGGAAUAUAAAAGCAAAAGUUGAUUUUUGCUUAUCCACUUAACUAUUUAGUAUUUGUAGCUCUGUUGACUGGAGCAUGACUCCAGUGAGGCUAAGGUUAAAAUUAGAUCCUAAAAAGUCCAGUUAGAUUUUUGCAGGUAACAAGCAAAAAACUGUUCCAAAAAUUAGAUUAUUAUCUUAGCCCACUGUCUCGUCUGUUAUGAGUCAUGUGAACAGGCGAGGAGAGAGAGGGGAAGGCUGGGCAAGCGGUUUGGAGCAAAUGAUUAUGAGGUGCCCAUCACCACUCAAGAGAAAGAAACUUCACAUAUUCUUGUAUCAAAUUCAAUAAUUUUAAACAAUUUGUCUAGAAGUCAGCAGAUGUCUUUGAACCAUCUCUUAGACUGCAUUUGGAGUGGUGAGGCAGCAUCCGGUGAAUUAAAAACAAAUUGGUUUUUUAAAAAAAGUAUUCAGAUGCACUUUUAUGGUGUUCCUUAAAUAAAUUAAGAAAAACAGA